AUGUCAACUCAAGAUAUAUUGAUUUUUGCAACAAAACAAGUUAAUAUCUAUUUUGGUUUAUCAAUUAUGAUCUUAGGUGUUAUUGGUGGAAUAUUUAAUAUUAUAAUUUUUACAACGCUGAAAACAUUUCGAGAAACAACUUGUGCAUUUUAUCUAACUGCUGUUUUAGUGGUUAAUAUCAUUCAAUUGGUAAUAGCAUUGUUUGUACGUAUUCUAAGUGAAGGUUUUUCCACUGAUAUUAAAAGAACAUCAUGGGUUUGUAAAAUACAAGUAUAUAUGGCUGUAUGGUGUCUUUUGGUAUCAAUGACAUAUGUAUGUUUAGCAACAAUUGAUCAAUUCUUAUCCAUGAGUCACUAUAGACGUUUCAGUAAUUUACGAUUUGCUCAACGUUGCAUAUGUAUGAUCCUUAAUUCAAAUUUUGCAAUGUAUGUAACUCGUUUUCAUUUUCCAAUACUUUAUGGAGUUCUACCUCUAACUACAAUGACUACAUUUUCUCUAUUAGCUUUCUAUAAUGCUCGUACAUUAAUUAGCCGACAAAUAAAUCUUGUACGUUUAAGUCGAGAUAGACAAUUGACAGCAAUGACACUUGUUCAUGUUGUAUUUGUUGUAAUUACUAUGUUACCAUAUAUUAUUUAUUUUAUAUAUUCCCUGAAUCAAACUACCAAUGAUCCAGAAAAAAUAGCACGUAAUAAUCUUAUCUAUACUACCUUAAUUUUAAUUUCUUAUUCAAGUUAUGCUGGUUCUUUCUAUAUCUAUUCUUGUGUUUCACAACGAUUUCGACAACAACUCAUCUUCAUAAUUUCAAAUGUUUGUAUAAAGCAAUGCCAACAAUGGAUGAACAAACGAGGUAAUAAUCAGAUUGUACCAAAUACUGAAAUAAUCGGUGAUAUCCAACUUACAAGAACAAAAACAAACGGAGACUCUAUUGAUGUUGUUUUCAUAAAAUGA